AUGUCACCCAAGAAAGUAGCAAUAAUCGGCGCCGGUCCCUCGGGCCUAGUCACCGCCAAAACCCUGCUUCAUAAUUUCCCGCGCGGGACAUUCUCUCCAAUCAUCUUCGACAGCCAGGACAAAGUCGGAGGUCUGUGGUCAAGUCACCAUCAUUCUCCCAAUCAGGUCAAUACGCCCCCGGUUACACUAGACCCUCGAAUGCGGACCAACCUCAGCUGCUUCACGGUUGCUUUUUCGGAUCUUGCCUGGGAGUCUGUGAUACCUGACGCGGAUGUUCCGGUUUUUCCUCAGGCGAGACAGGUUGGAGACUACUUGACCUGUUAUUCAGAGCGGUAUAUUCCAACCCAUGUACUUCGGCUAGGGUGUAGAGUGGUAAAGACUAUACGAAGGGUUGAGAAUGGAGAUGAUCCGAAGUGGAAGGUCCAGUGGGUUCACGAGAGUACGAAGAAAGCUCAGACGGAAUAUGAAUUACCGGACGAUGGAGUGUCUUCAGAAGAUUUUGACCUGAUUGUCAUCGCCUCUGGGUACUUUGCCCAGCAGUAUGUUCCAGAUAUACCAGGUCUAAAGCAAUUCCAAAGCCAAGGCCAAAUCAUCCACAGCUCUUCCCUCCAUUAUGAGCGAGAGCAGCCAUCUUUUAAUGAAACCAAAGAUGUGAAUGGCCAGGUUGUCGUCAUCGGCGGCAGCAUGUCAGGCGUCGAAGCCGCAUCUGCUGUUGCUCUACGCCAAUCUUCAUCCACACUUUCCACACACAGAAUUGAAUAUCCCCAAGAGACAAAGGUGCACCAUAUACAUUCAAGACCCUUCUGGACUUUACCAACUUAUCUCCCACAUGAAUCUUCCGAUGGGAGUCCAUCUUUUUUACCCUUGGACUUGGCCAUGUAUGACCUAGGCCGCCGGCCCCCGGGUCCAAUAGACUACGCCUUGGGGCCUAUCCCGGAAGAAAAAGCAGUCAAAACAAACAGUUACUUCCAGUCAUUGCUCGGAAGUGACUAUGAGAAAUACGCGCACAUGGAUUCACCACAUGGCGCCGAAGAAUCCAGAACCCAGCCACCAUGGGUCGCCAUAGGCAAUGAUUACGCCGAGUUCGUCCGAUGUGGAGCGAUUCAGACAUCGAUGGGCCGGGUGACUUCUGUGAAAUCUGAUCCAGAUACUAAGCAAGCUUCAGUUCAGUACGAACGGCCCGAUGGGGUCACCGAGAUGAUAGAAAAUGUGACGACGAUAGUAAUGGCCACCGGAUUCACGCCGUACAAGUCAUUGUCCUUGCUACCAGAUGAAGUGUUGACGACCCUUGAAUACUCUAAAACGGAUCCGUUCUCACCGUUGAUUCUCGACAAGGGAGGCACCGUCCGCUCGGAAAUCCCCGAUAUCGGAUUCGUCGGAUUCUACCGUGGCCCGUACUGGGGCGUGAUGGAAAUGCAAGCAAGGUUCCUUGGAAAAAUAUGGAGUGAGGUGAACAACAGUGUGCUCUGUGAAACAGAUGACCAAAAGCAAAGCCUUCGCAGUCUCAGAUUGGCACACCCGGAUUUAGCCCGUGGUCAGUUCCCCAUGGGCGACUAUGUCGGAUUGAUGGAGUCGUUCGCCAAGGAUUUAGAUAUUAGUCGCUCAGCACUGGGAUCAGGCCAUGGUCGGUCUGGGCCCGCUGUUCCUGCGAGGUAUACUUUUGUCGAUACGCAAACGCCAGGCACAGAGAGUGAGACAGAAAAGACAUUAGGUGCUUUGCGCGACGCUCUUGUCCCUGGCCACGAGACAACACGGAAGGCCGCAGCGUCAGCUAUCUUUCGGGCUCUGCAUGGGACUUGGAAGUCUUCACAGAAAGCAGGUGCUACUCGAUGUGAAGCAUCUGGGACUUUAGCCUUUUACCCGCGGUACCCAACUAGCACGGCAUAUGAUAGAGAGUAUGUCUGUGUGGAGGCAAAUGUGGGCUCGACCGUGCGGGAACAGCCUUUGCAAGACAAUGUGCGGUUCAUUAUGCGCUUGGCUGAAGUGGAAUCUAAACCUACCACUUCACGAAUCGAGAUAUGGUCAUCAGGCUUGGUAGAUAGGCUGUCAGCAAAUCAACUUAUCCAGGUUUGGGAGUUGACGCCUCUAUGCCAGGAGAGGAAAGAUGGGGCGUCUAUUCCUGGGGAAUAUAUAAUAUCCGCCAAGAGCGUUGAUUCGGGUUCUGGGGUCAAGUGUUUGUAUACAUUCCAUUUCAAGGGGGUUUCUAUCUUGUCCUGGGAAUAUGUUGAGACGGACAAUUUGGAGGAGAAGGGGGAGUUGACUUCUUAUUUCUACACAAGAGACUAA